CCCCGAGCAGGAAGCCCGUCUCCGCUGCUGAAGCCGCCGCCUUGCCCUCAGUGCUCUCUGUCUAGUUUAUUCUCAGCGAGAAGUGUGUGCGGCUCCACUGAGGCAGCAAUGCAAUGAUAAAAGCCGCAUAUGCGGUAGGCUACACACCUAUCAGGCAGGAAAAUACCCGAGAAACAGCCCCAUCCCGGUCCUCCUCACACCGCAGCCUUAUCCACUACUCAGAGCGGAACCCGAAGUGCCAGCAGUACCAUGUCCAGGCCAACGGGGGGCGGUGCCAACGAUGUCACCCGCUUCCUGUCAUCGGGCGCGGUGCCAGGUUCUCCCACCUCCGGCGCCAACGUGUUCUCCGCCGCCAGCCAGGCCGACUGGGCCGCUAAGAGGCUGGUGUGGGUGCCGUCGGAGAAGCAUGGCUUCGAGUCGGCCAGCAUUCGGGAGGAGCGCGGCGACGAGGUGGAGGUGGAGCUGACGGACAGCCAGCGGCGGCUGACUCUGUCCAGAGAGGAGGUGCAGCGGAUGAACCCCCCGCGCUUCAGCAAAGUGGAGGACAUGGCCGACCUCACCUGCCUCAACGAAGCCUCCGUGCUGCACAACCUGAGGGAGAGAUACUACUCUGGCCUGAUCUACACGUAUUCGGGGCUUUUCUGUGUGGUGGUGAACCCUUACAAGAACCUGCCGAUCUACACAGAGUCCAUCGUAGAGAUGUACCGAGGAAAGAAGCGCCACGAGAUGCCCCCACACAUCUACGCCAUAUCAGAGGCUGCGUAUCGCAGCAUGCUGCAAGACAGAGAAGACCAGGCCAUCCUUUGCACAGGAGAGUCUGGAGCUGGGAAAACAGAGAACACAAAGAAAGUCAUCCAGUAUUUGGCUCAUGUUGCCUCGUCCCAUAAGGGUGGCACUCUGGGGAGAAACAAGGAAGCUGUACAGAUGGAUGGCUCUAGGUCUUUAACAAGAGGCAGUACUAUGGUGAACCGGACUUUACAAUAUGGUGAACUGGAGAGACAGCUGCUGCAGGCCAACCCCAUUCUGGAGGCCUUCGGCAACGCAAAGACCGUCAAAAACGACAACUCGUCUAGAUUCGGUAAAUUCAUCCGGAUCAAUUUUGACGUGGCGGGAUACAUUGUUGGUGCCAACAUCGAGACCUACCUCCUUGAAAAGUCCAGGGCCACCCGUCAGGCCAAGGAUGAGAGAACGUUCCACAUCUUUUACCAGCUGUUAUGUGGAGCUUCAGAUGAAACUAGAGCGGACUUGCUUCUUGGAACUGCUGAUGAGUAUCGCUUUCUCAGUGGAGGUUCCAUCCCUGUUCCUGGUCAGAGCGAUUCAGAAAACUUCACCCAGACAAUGGACUCCAUGGCUAUAAUGGGCUUCACCCCCGAGGAGUUGCUGUCCAUGCUGAAGGUGAUCUCCUCUGUGCUCCAGUUUGGGAAUGUAUCCUUCAUGAAGGAAAAGAACCACGAUCAGGCGUCCAUGCCCGAUAACACAGCUGCUCAGAAACUGUGUCAUCUGCUGGGCAUCAACGUGCUGGAGUUUACCCGGGCCAUCCUCACACCGAGGAUCAAAGUGGGUCGAGAGUAUGUGCAGAAGGCCCAGACUAAAGAACAAGCGGACUUUGCCGUAGAGGCCUUGGCCAAGGCGACAUAUGAGCGUCUGUUCAGGUGGUUGGUCCACAGGAUCAACAGAGCCCUGGACCGCAGGCAGAGACAAGGAGCCUCCUUCAUAGGAAUCCUUGAUAUCGCUGGAUUUGAGAUUUUCCAGCUAAACUCCUUUGAGCAGCUGUGCAUCAACUACACCAACGAGAAGCUGCAGCAGCUCUUCAACCACACCAUGUUCAUCCUGGAGCAGGAGGAGUACCAGCGGGAGGGCAUCGAGUGGAACUUUAUUGACUUUGGCCUGGAUCUGCAGCCUUGCAUUGACCUCAUCGAGAGACCAGCCCACCCACCCGGCGUUCUGGCCCUGCUGGAUGAGGAGUGCUGGUUCCCUCGGGCUACGGACCGCUCAUUUGUGGAGAAGCUGUCCGCCGAGCAAGGCACGCACCCGAAGUUCUUCAAACCAAAGCAGCCACGCGUGGAGGCCGACUUCUCCAUCAUCCACUACGCUGGAAAGGUGAACUAUAAGGCAGAUGAUUGGCUAGUGAAGAACAUGGACCCUCUGAACGACAACGUGGCCUCUCUCCUCCACCAGUCGUCUGAUCAUUUUGUCUCAGAGCUUUGGAAGGAAGACAUUCAAACUCUUCCUCGUGUGUACUUCUUUGACUCCUAUGCCACACUACAGGCUAAUGGCUCCGACAUGGACAGGAUCAUCGGUCUGGACCAGGUGUCGUCAGGGGAAAGCAGCGGGCCGCUCCCGUUUGGAGCCGGGGGACUGAAGACGAAGAAAGGAAUGUUCAGGACUGUAGGUCAGCUCUACAAAGAGUCUCUCACCAAGCUGAUGGCCACGCUGAGGAACACCAACCCAAACUUCCUCCGCUGCAUCAUCCCCAACCACGAGAAGAGGGCCGGUAAACUAUCACCCCAACUGGUUUUGGACCAGCUGAGGUGUAACGGUGUUUUGGAGGGGAUCCGAAUCUGCAGACAAGGAUUCCCCAACCGCAUCCCCUUCCAGGAGUUCAGACAGAGAUAUGAGAUCCUAACUCCUAAUGCUAUUCCCCGCUCCUUCAUGGAUGGCAAGCAGGCAUCAGAACUCAUGAUCAGUGCUUUGGAGCUGGAUCACAACCUGUUCAGGGUGGGUCAGAGUAAGGUCUUUUUCAGAGCAGGAGUCCUGGCUCACCUGGAAGAAGAGCGCGACCUGAAGAUCACAGACACUAUAAUUCGCUUCCAGAGCGCGUCCAGAGGUUAUCUCGCACGCAAAGCCUUUUUGAAGAAGCAGCAGCAGCUGAGUGCUCUGAGGGUGAUGCAGAGGAACUGUGCGGCCUAUCUCAAACUCAGGAACUGGCAGUGGUGGCGACUGUUCACUAAGGUGAAGCCCUUGCUGCAGGUGACCCGGCAGGAUGAGGAGAUUCAGGUACGGGAAGCGGAGCUGCAGAAGGCCAAAGACAAACUCACCCGAGUGGAGCAGGACUUCUCAGAGCUGGACAGAAAGCAUGCUCAGCUGAUAGAGGAAAAGUCAGUGCUGGCCGACCAGCUGCAGGCAGAGGCAGAGCUGUUUGCAGAGGCGGAGGAGAUGAGGGCCAGGUUGGCCAGUCGGAAGCAGGAGCUGGAGGAAGUGCUGGGCGAGCUGGAAACUCGACUGGAGGAGGAGGAGGAGAGGGGUGUGCAGCUGACCAAUGAGAAGAAGAAAAUGCAGCAGAAUAUACAGGACCUGGAGGAGCAGUUAGAGGAGGAGGAAAGUGCCAGACAGCGCCUCCUACUGGAGAAGGUUUCCUUGGAGACCAAAGUGAAGAGUCUGGAGACGGACUUACUGACUGCAGUGGAGCAGAGGGACCGACUCAGCAAGGAGAAGAAACACUUGGAGGAGCGUCUGAGUGAGGUGACUGACCAGCUGACUGAGGAAGAGGAGAAGACGAAAAGUCUCAACAAACUCAAGAACAAACAGGAGGCUGUCAUCGCUGACCUAGAGGAGCGUCUGAAGCGCGAGGAGCAGGGUCGCUUGGAGCAGGAGAAGUGGAAGAGGAGGAUGGAGAGCGAGUCGGUAGAGGCCCAGGAGCAGCUCUCAGACCUGGGCAUGUUGACCGCUGAGCUGAAAGGCAGCCUGACUCAAAAGGAGAAAGAAAUCACCACCCUGCAGGGCAGGUUGGAGGAAGAAGGUGCCCGUCGUGCAGAAGCUCAGAGGUCACUGAGGGAGGCCUUGUCCCAAGUGUCCGAGCUAAAGGAGGAGGUAGAGAACGAACGAGGGAUGAGGGAAAGAGCCGAGAAACAGAGGCGAGACCUCGGUGAGGAGCUGGAGGCUUUGAGAACUGAGCUAGAGGACACUCUGGAUACCACGGCUGCACAGCAGGAGCUCAGGUCUCGUCGGGAGGCAGAAUUGAGUGAUCUACAGCGAUGCCUUGAAGACGAAACUCGCCGCCACGAGGCCCAGCUGUCGGAGCUCAGAAUCAAACACAGCGCGGCCAUAGACAACCUCCAGGAGCAGUUGGACAACGCCAAGAGGGCACGUCAGUCCCUGGAGAAGGCCAAGUCAGGGCUGGAGGAAGAGAGGCAGAAUUUGUCCUCCGAGCUCAAGAGCCUGCAAGCGGGCCGCACGGAGAGCGAGAGGGGACGCAAGAGGGCCGAGAGUCAGCUGCAGGAGCUGGGCGCCCGCCUGGCUCAGGCCGAGAGAGAGAGGGAGGACAGAGAGGAGCGGAUCCACAAGCUGCAGUGUGAGAUUGAGAAUAUCUCCGGCAAUUUAUCCUCCUCUGAUACCAAAUCCCUACGGCUGUCUAAAGAGGUCAGCAGCCUGGAAGGCCAGCUGAACGACACCAAGGAGCUGCUGCAGGAUGAAACCCGCCAGAAGAUGGCUCUGAGCUCUAGGGUGCGAGCUCUGGAGGAGGAGAAGAAUGGUCUGAUGGAAAGACUGGAAGAGGAGGAGGAACGGUCCAAAGAGCUGAGCCGACAGAUCCAAACUCACACCCAGCAGCUGGCAGAGCUCCGUAAGCAGUCGGAGGAGGUGAACACGGCGGUGGAAGCCGGGGAAGAGACACGCAGGAAGCUCCAGAGAGAGUUGGACAGUGCCGUACAAAGAGAGCGACAGAAGGAGGAGGAGAAGGAGAGGGUGGAGAGGCAGAGGGAGCGUCUGAGGGAAGAGAUAGAGGACAUGACGCUGGCCCUGCAGAGAGAGAGGCAGAACUGCACGGCUCUGGAGAAGAGGCAGAAGAAGUUUGACCAGUGUCUGGCGGAGGAGAAGGCGGUUAGCGCUCGACUGGCGGAAGAGAGGGACAGAGCUGAAGCAGACAGCCGAGAGAAGGAAACCAGAUAUCUGGCGCUGUCACGAGCCCUACAGGAAGCCCAAGAUCAAAGAGAGGAGCUAGAGAGGGCCAACAAGCAGCUCCGUAUGGAGAUGGAGCAGUUGGUGAACCAGCAAGACGACGUCGGCAAAAAUGUCCAUGAGCUGGAGAGGACCCGGAGGACUUUAGAAACAGAAGCCCAGAACUUGCGAGUGCAGACACAGGAGCUGGAAGAGGAGCUGACGGAGGCGGAGAACUCGAGGCUGAGGCUGGAGGUCACCCUGCAGGCGCUCAAGGCUCAGUUUGAGAGAGAGAUCAGCACCAGCGAGGAGAAGGGAGAGGAGAAGAGGAGGGCCCUCAGCAAACAGGUGAGGGAGCUGGAGAUCCAGUUGGAGGAGGAGAGGAGUCAGCGGGCUCAGUCUGUGUCAUCCAAGAAGCAGCUGGAAGCAGAGCUGCAGGAGGCCGAGGCGCAGGUGGAGGCGUCGACUCGUGGCAAAGAGGAGUCCGUGAAGCAGCUUCGCAGGCUGCAGGCUCAAAUGAAGGAGGUGCUGCGUGAGUUAGAAGAGGCCAGGUUGACUAGAGACGAGGUGAUCACACAGUCGAAAGACAGCGAGAAGAAAAUCCAAACACUGGAAGCAGAAGUACUGCAGCUCACAGAGGAACUGGCUGUAUCGGAGAGGCAGAAGAGACAGGCCCAGCAGGAGAGAGACGAGAUGGCAGAUGAGAUGGUCAACAGCAGCUCUGGAAAAAAUGCCCUAUCUGAAGAGAAGCGGCGGUUAGAGUCACGCGUCAGUCAGCUUGAAGAGGACCUAGAGGAGGAGCAGAAUAACUCCGAACUGCUGGCAGAGAGGCAGAGAAAGACGGUUCUACAGGUGGAGACUCUGACCGUGCAGCUGCAGGGAGAGAGGACCCUGGCCCAGAAGGCGGAGGCGGCUCGGGAGCAGCUGGAGAGGCAGAACAAGGAGCUGAAGACCCGGCUGACGGAGCUGGAGGGAGCAGUGAGGGGCAAACACAGGCUCAGCGUCGCCGCCCUGGAGGCUAAGAUCGACUCGAUGGAGGAGCAGCUCGAACAAGAAAGACAGGAACGAGCCAUCGCCAACAAGCUGGUGCGGAAGACGGAGAAGAAACUGAAGGAGGUGAUGAUGCAGGCAGAAGAUGAGAGGAGACACGCAGACCAGUACAGAGAGCAGCUGGACAAGUCCAUGGUCCGGCUGAAGCAGCUGAAGAGGCAGCUGGAAGAGGUGGAGGAGGAGAACUCGCGCUCCAAUGCUCAGAAGAGGAAGCUGCAGCGGGAGCUGGAGGAGCUGUCCGACACCAGUCAGACCAUGACUCGAGAGAUCACCUCGCUGCGCAGCCAGCUCAGCCUCCCUGAAUGGAGACAAGAUAAACGUGUCCCGCUGCCCCUGGCGAUGCGCGGACGCAGAGCCCUGGUCGACGACCUCUCGCUGGAGAACUCCGACUCGGAGGAGCCCCCUGCCUCGCCCACCCCUUCCUCCGGGCUCCCGGGGACCCCGACCCCCUCCUCGGAGCAGAGCCUGGAUCCUCCGCCGCCCUACAGCGUCAACAACACGGAGUGAAAACCCGUCAGCCGUCAGCCUCCCACAGCCUCGACUGCUCAGGGGUGAAGGAGAGACACGCACACAGCACAUAACUACACAAGUAAACAUACAAUGCAUACACCAGGCACUAUAACUAUAAAACAGCCUCCCUGAUAUAGCGAUGCUCUUUUAAAAUAUUGCCUCUGUUUUUCUCAAUAAGUGCAGAAAACGUGUAAAAAUGAUGUUUUACAAAGAGGCAACUACUGGAAAGGAUUUUUAUCUUGUAACAUAAAGACUGGACAUUUCUACAUUAAAAUUUAAGAAAAAAUCUAAACUACAUCUCCAGAAGCUGAAAGUGAAUUGUCAACUAAUUUCAUGAUGCUGUACAGUUCUUAGAGAGCAGAAACGAAUAAGGUGGCCAUGUCUUUUACAGUGGGAGGUAUUUUAAAUCUAAGCCAUGUUUCACCCUUUGGGGAUUGGAUGAAUCUGAUUUCACAAAGGGCUGCUGGAGAGUGGAAAUACUCCUGAAAAGACAAUCUAUUAUUCAUGUUACAUGAAACAGCCAAUGACAAUAGUCAAAUAAACACGUAGAACGCCUUCUGUAUGAGUGCGUGUUAAGUGAAAAUGUGAUAUUAAAUGCAAAGGGUUAGUGUGUCACUAGACUUUUCCGAUUGAAAUUAAAUUUUUAAAUGAUCUGGAGAAAUAAAUUACAAUUAGUAACCGAUAUUUCAUUAAAACUGGAACUGGAACUGGAACAACAAAGUGGGAUGCAUUGCAUUUUCUCAUUUUCAAGUUCUCAUUUUCAUAUCAAUAGUCACAAUUACAGUGACACAAACCACUGACCUUAGAAAGCAGCCGAGGUGCAGACGAGCUCCGCACUGAGGUUGUAUUAAAUGAUAAAUCCCUUUCUAUAGAUUAGAAACAGUAGGUCGUUAGACAAUGCAGUAGGUAGUGCUAGAUAGUUUCUUAAACUAAAGUCUUAACAUAUUGUGUCCGGAAUUUGAAUUUGUAUAAUUUAUAUCGAAUAUGAACUUAAGUUAUUGAUCACUGCUUGUUUUCUGUAUGGCUCAGUCUUGUGGGAGAAGCAUGUUAGUCUGAUUAUUUCUGCUCCCGCUGGUGUUGAAGUGGACCGCUCAGAACGGACUCUGCCAGCGUUACAGCGUCAGAUCUCAGAGGUGAAUUUGCAUGAAAGGCCUGGUGUUAAAAAAAAAAUAAAAAAUAAAAAAAAAGACACAUUCAUGGAUUGUCCACGACAGAAACUAGAAACAACCUAACUUAUCUUUUUGUCCAAAGCAAAACAAAUUGUGACAAUGUAUCAUUUUUUUUUUUUUUUAGACUGAUAAACAUCAUUCUAAAGCAUCAUUUUAUUUUAUUUUGACAAGCAUCUUACACACUGUCAUUUUGAUUUUACUGAUUUAAGUUUUGUGUAAAUUAUUGAUCAAGCAAAGCUUUUGUGUUUAACCAAACGGUGGGCGUAUGGAUGAGAAAAGGGACUUAAAUUUGUAGUAAACGUAGAGUAGCUGUAGAAUAAAGUAGUGAUUGUGCUGGAUAUCCUGAGUAGAAUUCACUCAGUCAAAUCCUGUGUAGAAGAUAAAACAGUAACUGAAUACGCGCUGAAAGGCUCAGCGCAUUUUCAUAGACUGAUAGUGCUAGAUUUAAAAAAAAAAAAAACUGGCAAUGGAGACAUUGAGGAAUGCAUUUUUAUGAAGCGAAUGACAAGUAAAAUAAAUGUCUUUUUUUACCCAAGCUAGCUAUCAUCAAAAUAAAAUUAUCUGUGUAUCGAUGACUCUCCUGUGAGAACUGGUUUUAAAGGUUGUUUUAUUGAUAUCAUCUCCACUGUCUUCAGCGUAUGUUUUUCUAUUUUCUAAAGGACGGAGGUCUUUUUUUAUUUAGUUUUUGUUCAUGACCUUCUGUCACACUUGUAUGCCUGUCACAGCUUCUGUCCAGGAAGUUAACGUGAUGUUUUUGGUGCAGACACGAAGAGCUGGCAGAGAAUGCUUAAAGAACUAGUUUGACCCUUUGGGAAAUACGCUGACUUGCUCUCUCGCUGAUAGUUAGAUGAGAAACAGUCUCUUGCGUCAAACGUGAAGCUAAAACCAGCAGCCGCUUAGCUUAGCUUAGCUUAGCUUAGCUUAGCUUAGCAUAAAGAAAUGGAAACGCAGAGACGCUUAGGCUGGUUUUAAUUUACCGAUUAAAACUUGUGUCUGUCUUUAAUUUGCACAAAAAUUGUAAAAAGAAAUUGUUGCGGUUUUACAGGAAAACAAUGUGCUGCGCCGUUUCUUGGCUAGGCAUGGUGCUAGUCCUGCACGUGACUUUUUGUGAAACCACAAUGUGUUAAUUUUGUGUAGACUAAAGACAUAAAUUGUUAAUUAUGAUCUAGAGUCACCGGUUAGUGAAGGCAAGCUAGCUGGUUCCAGCCUUUAUCUUUAUUAACUCAAUUAGCUGCUAACUGUAUUUUUAUAUUAAUUGUACGAACCGUUACCAGUGGCAUCAGUGUGUUCAUGUAACUCUCAGCGGAGAAGCAAAUUUCCCAAACAGCAAACUAAAUUAAGAAGAAUGUCAAAGAUGCUUUAACUUCUAAUUGGAACUACUGAAAACUGAAGAUUGUGUAGAUGAAAUGAUAGUUUUUAUGAAUGUUGUUUUUUAUUAUCAUUAUUAUUAUUAUCUAUACUAUAAUGGAAAAGGAUCAAUGAUCCUUUUGGUGUUUACCAUUGAUUACGCAGAUGACCAGUACAGUAGUUUCCGGUAAUCAGGGUUCAUCACUGCUCCCUCUUCUUCCUUCUGGUUAAGUUAAUAGCCGUAAAUUGCACUGACAAAACAAUAAGCAUGUCAUCUCCUGCGUAUUCAUGUUUUGUUUUGUUUUUCUUUUGCCAUGCUAAGUUCGCCAUGAUUCACAGGUAGCGACAGGUGAAGAAAGAAUACUGACGACAUAUAUUUAACGCCCGAUGAAUGGGUUUUUAUUUUCUCUACGUGUAAUUCUUUAAUUUUAGCAAUAUGCAAAUGGUUACGUUUGGAGCUGUGUUUUUUUUUUUAAGAUAUUGUGUAAAUGCUGCACUUUACACACUACCAGUGGAGAUAAGAGCAGUCAGAACAUUACAGCACAGCUCUGUCCAGUUGGAAUUCAUCUCUAAAUGGCCGACAUAGCGUUUAAGCCAAAUGAGCUGAGAUCACGUGUCACAGCGAAACAGCCUGUCUCUCUGAACUACUCACUUCAAUGUUCUGAUCUCAGCAUGUCAUAUCAGCGUCCAAAAUGUGCCGACUGUAUUCACAUAGACCAAAAUCUGACGACACAUGGAUUGAACCGCUGGAACGAGGUCAGAUCAGUUCACCUGUAGCAAGAAACGAGGCCGGUGCUUCUCUAAGGUGUUACUUUUCUCUCUGUGUUUUGUUUGUGGUUACUGUGGAACUUGAAACAUUUUGGAAAUGUGUUUUAUUGUUUUAGCCUUUUUUUUUUUGUUAAUGAUGCUGUAAUUAUAAAACAUCUAACUGGGGUUAACUUUAAUAUAUGUCGUUGGUUUUGA